ACACAUUCUCUCCCUGUGUCUCUCAAGCUCUGUUGCUCACCGGUUGUUUGGUAGCCAGAUUAUCAACAGACCGGUCUGCAGUGGGAGUGUUUAUGGGAUCAGGCGACAAACCAACGUGAACACGGUGUACCGUAAGGCUAUCGGAGUUAAGGGAGCCCAAUACCGACCGGACCAACUACUUAACCAGAGUAAGGGCUCCCGAUCCCCGGCACAGCAGUCCAGCCUGAUAGGGGAGACACCGGUUAUCCCAUGGAAGAGUGGUUCGUCCUCUCCUCCAUCCAGCCCCGGUUCCACUCCAAGCUCCCCAUGGAUGCGGACCUGGCCGUGGCUGUGUUCCUCAUCAUCACUGGAAUGAUGUCCAUGCUGGGAAACGGCACUGUGCUAUUGGUCUACUUCAGGAAGCGCACAAAACUCCGGCCCCAAGAAUUGAUGACCAUUAACCUGGCUAUAUGCGAUUUUGGCUUCAGCCUCCUGGGGGCGCCAUUUGCUAUCAUUUCAAGCCUGUGUCACGCCUGGGUGUUUGGGGAGGCCGGCUGCUUAUGGUACGGGAUGCAGGGCUUUCUGUUUGGCAUCGGCUCCCUUCUCACCACCUGCCUCAUCUCCCUGGACCGCUGCCUGAAGAUCUGCAGCGUGCGAUACGGUCAGUGGAUCGAGAGGCGCCACGUCACCCUGGCCAUCGGCCUGGUGUGGCUCUACACCUUGUUCUGGUCCUCCCUGCCCGUCUUUGGCUUCGGGAAAUACGGGCCUGAGCCGUUUGGAACCAGCUGCACCAUAGAGUGGUGGAGAAUGAGGUCGUGUUUAGGCGACGGAAUCUACAUCCUCCUGAUCCUCAUGCUGUGCUUUGGGAUCCCCACCAUCAUCAUCAUCACUUCCUAUUCGGCCAUCCUGAUCACGGUCUACAGAUCAAACCACAUGCUGGCCUCCAUCCCCUUCUCCUCUGUCAGCCACAUCAGCAACAAGGACCUGAGAAUCACCAAGAUCGCUGCUGUGGUUUGCGCCAGCUUCCUGGUGGCGUGGACGCCGUACGCCACUGGCUCUAUCUACUCCGCCCUGGUCCUCGCGUCCCAGGAUGAGCUAGGGUAUUGGGGCCAUCUGCAGACCGAGACCCCUGGGCUCUUUGGGGCCGGGGCUUCUGUGGUGCCCAAGCUCCUGGGCGUCCCCUCGCUGUUGAACAGGACAUGGGCGUGGCCCGGCGGAGACGGCCCUUCCAGCAGCUCCGGGGAGGACUGGAACAACGCCAGCUCCCUGGUGUUCCCGUACACCCCCGACCUUAGCCCGCACGCUGCUGCCGCCUCCGCCCUCAGUUUAGCCCUCAGCCAGAGGGGGGGGCCGGAGACGGAGGACUCCCAGGGGCCCUGGAUCCUCCCCUUGGUCAGCCUGAUCCCUGUCAUGCUCGCCAAGUCCCACUGCAUGUUGAACCCCUUCAUCUACCAGACCAUGAACCCCGAGUUCCGGCGGGGCGCCCGCAACGUGCUCCUCUGCCGCGGGUCCCGGAGAGGCUUGGUGACCGAGGGGUUCACCCAUGAGGGUGGGCAGCGCUGCACUUCUCUCCUGGGACGUUGCUUCAUCUUUGUUUUCUAUGGAGUCUCAGCCUUUGUUCGCCGUGUCAGUCUCGGAAAUGCUAACGGUGUGGGUUGGGACUGUCUUCAUGGGAUAAGCGUGCAGAUGAUUAUAGAAACCAGAGGCAAUAAUGGUCAGGAGGAGUGUCACCAAAAUCACCAAAUUAAUUCCAGAAGAUUUGUGUCGUUUGGCAAAAAUAAAGACUUGAACUUGAGGACGGUCAAUUGUACAGGCUUUAAACAGUAGGCUCUUAAUACAGCUUGAGUGGUCACUAGGGGGUUGCAUGGAAUUUGCCUUUCUAGAGAUGCAGUGUUUAUAUGAAAUAACUAUGAAACUUAGAAAUGCAGUGUUUAUAUUAAAUAACUAUGAAACAAAGAAAUGCAGUGUUUACAUUAAAUAGCUACACUUAGAGAUGCCGUGUUUAUAUUAAAUAACUAUGAAACUUAGAGAUGCAGUGUUUAUAUUAAACAACUACAUCAAACUAAGAGAAAUCCGCCAUGGCUAUCUUUCUUAUAUUUUGUCUUGUCUCUUCCCCGGAAUAACUAUGCACAGGUCUCUUCUCCUGGCACAGCUGGAGAAGAAGGAGCAACUCGCUGGAUUCGGUGGAGAUGGAGGGCCAGCAGGGGGAGCCCGGCAGUAAGCCAGAGAGAGGAGGAGCCUGGUCGCUGACAGUAGAGAGAGAUGCCUUGG